AUGUUUUUGAGACUCUCAUAUAUCAAGAUGGAGCUGUACAUAAUCAUUCUCUCCCUUACCAUUGUUCUCUCAACUGAUCCUGAAUCUGAACAUGAAGGUUCCCAGUUUACACUAUGCUCUGAUACAGGAGGAGGGUUUUACAUUGGAUAUGACGGAGAAGAGGUGUGGCAUGCCGACUUUAAUGAGAAGACAGGGGUAUUGACAUUACCUGGAUUUACAGGUACUAUGACAUUUGAUGGAUUUUAUGAACGUGGUCUUGGACGUUUGGCACAAUGCCGAAGUAACUUACUCAGCUUCAUUAAAGGUUUCAAGAGCCCACCACCAGAAAUGGAUGCUCCCCAUACAUCCAUCUAUCCAAAGGAUGAUGUACAGCUGGGUGUUCAGAACACCCUCAUCUGUCAUGUGAGUGACUUCUAUCCACCAUCUGUCAACAUCUCAUGGACUAAGAAUAAUGUUAACAUGACAGAGAGCGCAAGUUUAAGCCAGUACCAUCCAAAAACAGAUGGUACCUUCAACAUCUUCUCAACUAUGAAAUUUACACCUGGUGAAGGAGACAUUUACAGCUGCACAGUGAACCAUAUAGCCCUCCAGGGUGAACCUCAGACCAAAAUAUGGGAUGUUGAAUCUGCCCUCCUAAGUGUUGGUCCAGCAGUGUUGUGUGGAGUGGGUCUGUCUCUGGGGGUGAUGGGCAUUGCUGCUGGAACUUUCUUCUUCAUUAAAGGAAAUAUCUUUUAAUUGUAUUUAACUGAGCUUUGAAAACAAUGCUGUAGUUCACUAGUAGUCAUUGCCGAUGUAUAAAUACAUACAUACAUAAACCUGGAUUCAAUCUAAUAACAUUUUUAUUUUUUGCCCUAUAAUACUUUAAAACAUGAGGAGGUGUACUUUCUUUGAGGGUGUAGUUUCUUUCUGGAUUUAAAUCUUUCAUGCAAAAUAGAAAAUAUAUACAAAUUAAACAUGUUCAUUUAAUGAGGUAAUACUAACACUUUAUAUUCUUUAAAAAAAAAAUGAUAUGCGUACUGUGCUAGACUGGGCUUGUCUGUCACGGGUUGUGAGGGAGAGACUAAACACAUGGAUAACAUGAAGAAGAUGAUGAAGGUGGCUAACAGGCUUUAAUAAACCAACAGGUAAUUCCACAAGACACAUUGAACACAACUACAGAUAGACAAAACCUGACCAAGACACAUAAACUGGGGUCUGAGGAUUUUUGGGGUCCUGGAAAAGUUUUGACAUGCCCUGACAUUUUGCUUUGCAUUUUGCUUUUUCAGUUGUUCAUAAACAUA